UGGAUGAUGGAAAACCACUUGUUUACAGACUCAGUAUUGUUGCCAUGUGCCUCCUUCAUAUGGUAACAUUGAGGGCAGAACGAUUUACAGUGACUGGAUUAGAGAAGCCAGUCUUGGCUCCAUUUGGUGCAGUACUUGAGCUCAGUUGUCAGCUGUCUCCACCACAAAAUGCCCAGCACAUGGAGAUCCGCUGGUUCAGGACCCACUAUACACAACCUAUUAACCUAUACGAGGAUGGCAAAGACCUGUUUGGGAAAAUUAUCCCCAAGUAUGUGGAGAGAACAGAGCUCCUGAAAGAUGCCAUUGGAGAAGGGAAAGUGACCCUCAGGAUCUUUAAUGUCAAUCCUGAUGAUGACGGGCACUACCACUGCAUCUUCAAAGAUGGCAAGUUCUAUGAAGAGCACAUCACAGAAGUCAAGGUCAUAGCUGGGAGCUCCCGGGUUCAGAUUCUUGUUCAUCCUCCUACUACCAAAGGUGUGAUAGUGGAAUGUCACUCCAGAGGUUGGUUCCCACAACCUCACUUGGAAUGGAGAGACAGCAGAGGAGGGGUCAUUCCAGCUGCAUCAAAAUCCCAUUCACGGAAUGAAGACAAAUUGUUUGAUAUGAAGAUGACACUUCUCCUUAGAGACAGCUCCCUCAGGAAUGUCACUUGUUGCAUUUGGAACCGUCUAACAGGCCAAGAGGAAAGCACAAGCAUUGUUCUACCAGUCGAAAUGUUUUCUUGGAAUUUUAUUUGGACGAUGAUUGUGGCUGUGAUUCUGACUAUGAUGGCACUCUUCAUAAUAAUACCCAGUAUUAAACUACAUAUUCUAGAAGAUUAUCUCCUGGAAAGCCUGGCUGACUGUGCCUGA